GGAUUCGGCGCGGAGAGGUGGGAGCCGAGCUGUUUUUCAAACGAACGGGGAGAAAGACCUCCAUGAGCGUUUGGCAGCGAUCCGGGAGAUUCUUUCUGCGCUUUCGGUCGUUCCCCCCUUCUCCAAACUGGUAACUUCCGGGGUUUUAUCAGAGAGAGAGGGAAAAAAAAAAAAGAUUACGGACAUCUCAAUGAAGGAAAGAAGAGCUAGCCAGAAAUUAUCCAGCAAAUCGAUCAUGGACCCUAAUCAGAAUGUGAAGUGCAAAAUAGUGGUGGUGGGAGAUACGCAGUGUGGAAAGACGGCUUUGCUUCACGUCUUUGCCAAGGACUGCUUCCCUGAGAAUUAUGUGCCCACUGUGUUUGAGAAUUACACCGCCAGUUUUGAAAUAGACACACAAAGGAUAGAACUCAGCCUCUGGGAUACUUCGGGGUCUCCUUAUUAUGAUAAUGUCCGCCCACUCUCCUAUCCAGAUUCUGAUGCCGUCUUAAUUUGCUUUGACGUUAGCCGUCCAGAAACUCUUGACAGCGUAUUGAAAAAGUGGAAAGGAGAAAUCCAAGAGUUUUGUCCCAACACCAAAAUGCUUUUGGUUGGCUGCAAGUCUGAUCUGCGCACAGAUGUUAGUACGCUUGUAGAGCUGUCCAAUCACAGACAAACACCAGUAUCAUAUGAUCAGGGCGCGAACAUGGCCAAACAGAUUGGAGCAGCCACUUAUAUCGAAUGCUCAGCCUUGCAGUCAGAAAACAGUGUACGAGACAUUUUUCAUGUUGCUACCCUAGCCUGUGUGAACAAAACUAAUAAAAAUGUUAAGCGGAACAAGUCACAAAGGGCAACAAAACGAAUUUCACACAUGCCAGGCCGGCCAGAACUCACCACAGUCACCACAGAUCUGCGUAAGGAUAAAGCAAAGAGCUGUACAGUGAUGUGAAGACUUAGUUCCUCACUAAAGAUGGCCAAGGACCAUGUGUUUGGGGGGAUAGAUGACAACUCAACAAGAAGUGCCCAAUGAAAAUGGCCUAUUAUAUGGGCAUGCCAAUGCUUAAAGGCCACAGUUUCCCCUUAGUAGGCAAGAACUGUACUUGAGGGAUCAGUAUGUAGGGAAUCAGUGAGAACAGAUGGAUUCUGAAGGGUUGUUCAAGCUACUUGGAUGAAAUACCAAAUACGAAUGAAGCUAUUUGAAUGUGCCAACAAGGCUAAAGGAUUAAGUAGCACCCAAGGAAAUGAUGUUCUGGUGGAAGCUUAUUUUCAGUCUAUUUUGAAUACCAACUUUGAUUCCAAUUUCAUUCUAAAAAUACUCUCAGAUAUCAAGUCAAGAUUUUCCUACUCCUUUCAUUGUGAAUUUUGGCCCUGUGAUGCAGUUUUAGUUUUUCCAAAGAAUAUAUAUUUGCCUUUUAGUUGAACCUUAAAAAUAGGAAGAGUUAAUCCAGAAGAGAAUACUCCUAGACUUUAAAAAUAUACGUUGCGUGAGAGGACUAGUGAAGGAAGAAAUUAAACACUUUUUAAAAGAUUGUUCAGAAGCUCUUAUUAUAAAAACAUAGAUGAAUAAGGAAGAAGGUUUUAAAAAUCUCUUUUUAAGAGCAGAUCUUGGAUACAUCAGCCUUCCCUUCAGGCUUAACCGCCAUUUGGAUAAUGGUCUAAAAACUAAGUUGGAUUUACAUGGCUUCUUCAGGAGUUGUACACGACAAGAAUGGCAUAGGUUGAAUGGCAACGUCCAACAAAUGGUGCUAAGAGUUAGUUAUAAAACGCUUGCUUAGAAAGGAGCUUUAGUCUUACCACCCUCCUAACCAACUCCUUCAGUGUGAAGGAGGACAGCCACAGCACUGUGUAAGAGAGUAAGUGCUGUUUUGCUAUAUGACCUUUUCUACAGUUCUGUCCUGGGUAUUUUCUGUUAACAGCUAGCACAUAAGCCAACAUUCUCCAAUUAUCUCCAUUAUGAUGUAUCUCAGAGAGAAAAAUGGCUGCAUAUGGAUGACCAUCUCUUAUUACACAUUUCUGUUUACUUGUAAUGAGCACUCUGAGGAAAUGGGGAGGUGGAGCCCAAAGAAUGGUGGAGCCUUAACAGGUCCCAUGUGGAAACAGGAUAUUGCAUUAAUCCUGAAGGUCUAAUGUGAGCAUAUCCAGAUAGUGAUCAUUAAACAUUACUUGGGUGACCCAAAUUCUGUCAAAUUCCUUUUCCCUGACUGAUGAUUAUUGUUACAUCCACUAAGCCAUUCUCAAAAAUAGUUCGCAGAUGUUGUUACGCUUUAGAGGACACUGCAGAGCUCUGCUGAGAAUGUCUCUCUGGCUUGCCAAAAGCCAGCAUUUUCUCCAAUACUUCGUUUUUGAAACUUUUUCACACAAAAGGUCCAGAUCUGUUGCCACCAUGAUAACGCUUUUGACUGAUGCAAUGGUAUGCUUAUAGCAGUAUUAAAACAAGCAAAAAAGCUGGCAAGUGCUUUCCGUAUUUAAGUAUUGUAAAAUGAGAAAUAAGUUAACUGUUUCAGCAGAACAUCACUUUUUAACAAAUGUUGGUCAUUUUGUAUGUUUGGUUAUUGUUUCUGCAGUAUUUAUUUUUCUUUUAAAUAAAAAAAAUGUUUAGUCGUUGA